GUGAUGACAGACGAGACGGAUCCGUUCAAGGCCAUCCUCGGUGAAAUCACCCACGAUAAGCGGGAUGAAUACAGGGCCUUAGAGGUGAAUCUGCAGCAAGGUGGCCUGCUUCACGAUGACACGUCGUCGGAAAGCUCAGUUAGCUGCUGCACGACGCCAGACACAUCGGAGGACAGUGACGCGACUGAUACGGACGAUAUUGGAGGGCAUAACGAAAAGCUCGACGCUAAUUGUACCGAUGCACAGAUCCCGUUCAACAAGAUGACAGGGUUCGCGGACUCCUUCUUUGCGUCAGACGACGAAGACUCCGAAGAGGAUGACUCGCUGGAAAACGACGUCAGCGAGGAUCAGCUCCCACAAAAGAGGGACGUUUCCAAACUACCGCGCUAUCUUCAGGGACUAAUGGGCGAGGCGAACGUGUGCUUCGCGCGAGGCAGUCACGAGGAUGCCGUCAAGAUGUGCCUGGAAGUUGUGCGGCAGGCGCCCACUUCGCCGCUUCCCUACCAGACGCUCGCCAUGGUCUACGAGGAACUGCAUGAGCCCAGCCGAUCGCUGCAGUUCGCCCUGAUCGCGGCAUACGUGGGCCCACAGGAUGCGUGCGAGUGGAGCCGGUUGGCACAGCUUUGCCUGGAGCAGGGUCUCGUGCUUAAAGCAGCUUCGUGCCUCGUCAAGGCACUGCGCGCAGACCCGCGCGACUUGGAGCUGCGGCGCUGGUUAUGUGCGCUGUACGAGCAGCUGGGCGAUGAGCGCCGGGCCCUGGUUUCAUGCGCAGCCCUCGCCCGCCGAAUGGAGGAACCGGCCGAGUGCCUGCAGCUAUCGCGACGCCUCGUGGCCGUCUACCGUAAGCGGGACAACCUGGCUGGAGCUGCGCGAGUGCUCCUAAACGUCGCCACUAAGUUCCCCACGCACGUCUCCACUGGAGAUAUCACCACGCUGCUGGAGAUACAACUGACACUCAAACUGCACUCAGAGGCACUGCUACUGCUUCACAACCUCUGCGGAGUUGAGCUGCUGCCACUGCCCGAGGGGCACGAGACGAUAUCCGCAGAGCUACUCGCCGACUCCCUAGUCGCUUUUGACAGAUGCCUAGUGCCAGUUGAGCUUCCCGUUGGCAUUAGGACGAAGUUAGUGAUGUGUCUAAUACAUCUGGGCGCUCGGCACCUCGUGAUGGAUCUGGUGGGGAAGCUGCAGCACGAACUGAACCCCGAAGGGGAGGGUGGCUUUCUACUGGACGUGGCGGAGGCCUUCAUGGAUAAAGGCUUCGACCACGAUGCUCUACCUCUUCUGCGCGUCCUUGUGCGCACUCGCAACUAUGGGCGGGCGGCUGUUUGGUUCCGGUAUGCAGAAUGCCUGCAGCGACUGGGCGAAUACGGGGAGGCAACCAAGGCGUACGAACGCACGUGCGAGCUGGCACCGCGCCAUGCGCAGGCGCGCCUCUCCCUGGGCCAGUUGUUAGACGCGCAGGGGCAUCGGCAGCGUGCCAUCAGCUGCCUCGCCACAGACGCGCGACAUCUGCAGGACACCAACAACAGCACACCGGAACAGCAGCAAGACUCGGCGUCCGUGCUGCUUUGUAGGGCGCACCUACUGUGGGAGUCUGGACCGCGCGAGGCUUUCAUCGAGGCGGCUAUGAUGUUGGUGCAGGCGCACUGUCUGUCUGUUUGCACCGUCGAAGAAUACGACGCAGUGUACCUUAACACUACUCACUUGGGUCGUAUGAAGGCACUUCGCGAUCUGCAUGAGGAGCGCGGAUUCACAACAGGCUGGCUUCCAUUGGAGAGCGGUGUUUCUUUCGACGAACUGCAGGCGUGUUUCCUCGAGCUGUACCGAGCGCUGCACGAAAGCGGCCGCAUGGACGAUCUCAGGCAGGUUGCCACGGAAGUCCUCGUGUCGCCCCUGUUCAACAGGGACGCGACGAGCACUGAUGAGCUGGAGUUUCUAAGUUUUCUUGCCCAUUACCAGGACCCGUACCAUGUAGAGCACAGCUUCCCCCUUGUCCGUGCCAUGGUGCUCAAGCAUCCGGAGCAAGUACGCGCGUGGAACUUGCUGGGCCUCGUGGCGGACCAAAUGCCGGCGUACCGCAAAAAGGGCUUCUACCUCCGGCUACUCUACAAGCACGAGAACAGCGUGCCAUUGAAGCUUCUCAACGGACACAAUGCUUUCCUCUCGGCAAACUAUAGGCACGCUCUGGCCGAAUACACGGAACUGCUGAAACAGGUUGGAGAGGAGGAACCAAUGCUGCUGUUUUGCGCCGGCAUCUCUCUGGUGCACCUGGCAACCCAGAGGAUUUCAGAGAACCAUCACUGGCUGGCCACUCAGGGGAUGGCUUUCCUGGGCCGCUACCUGGUCGCGCGGGGCAGCGGUUGCCAGGAGGCUCUCUAUAACGUAGGCCGCGCUCUUCACGAGCUGGGCGUCCUGCACCUGGCGCUCCACAUGUACCAAAGGGCGCUCGCCGCACCGCCGGCUCUGCAGGAGGUGCCAGAGGUGUUCGAUCUGCGGCGGGAGAUAGCCUUCAACGUGAGCCAGCUGUACCUGCUCGGAGGCAACGUUGAACUGGCCCGGUGGUACAUCGACCGCUACUGCGUCGUUUGAAUCGGACAGCGCUGUGCGGGCUAGAAUUGCUUGCAUUUACAAAAUUCGUACUACCAUCUGCUUUGAACACUGGGAUUUGUGCACUUCCUACAUGAACACACUAUGUGAUAUUGCCAUCGAUAUGUAAGAUUUCAGCGGGUGGAGAUGAAGCCCGUUAACCAAUUUAUUCGGAAAGCAAAAGCAUGACGGGCAAAAUUUUGAUUGGCUAUUAACAGUACGCAUUUCGCAGCUUCAGUUCAAGUUGGUGUAACACAAGCGUUGAUCCUUAAAUUGUGCUUUUUGUGCAAGCUUCAAUUCCAUUAACGUUACGUUUCUUUCGCUCAAACAAUUUGUUCUCGCUAGACAUUAGUAUAGUGAUGCAAAAAGAAAAUCGAUGGCUCUCGUGCCCAUU